AUGAAUCCUUCGAGUGCAGAUGAACCUCGUAAGAGGACGGCCCGUGCCUGUGAUUCAUGUUACAAGCGAAAGGUAUAUUCUAUGACCCCUUGGGUGCCCUCCCCCGCUAACACUGCCAAGAUCAAAUGCGAUGCUGCGGUGCCGCAAUGUAAUUGGUGCAGCCACCACAAUAUUCCUUGCACGUUCGAUCGAGUAGUGCACAGAAAGAGAAAAUGUGGUAGUGAUGAGGGACGCCCCAAAGUUUCACGGCUGUCGGAGCGGAUUAGCCGCAUUGAGCGGCUCCUUGCUGAAAAUUUAACUCAAGAUCAGAUAUCAGAGCGUGAGGAUACGCCUCAGUCUCCUCAGGCCACUACAACGGCCAGCAACUCCCCCAGUACUCAUCAACCGAUAGACUCGUCAUCAGCUCGUGUUCAUUUUGCAGGAAAAGAACUAGGCGUUAUCAGUCUACUGACUGGCACGCCGUUCCUUUUCCCCGAAGGUCAGGCAUGGAUUGAAGCUCGAACCGGGCAAAAAAUUCCAAUUGACACACUCAGCCCAUCACGAGCACCAUGGGAAAAAGAGCGUGGCCAAAGUUUCAAUACGCUUUUGAUGAAUAUGAAUGCCCUCAGCCCAUUUGACCUACCUGACUAUGGGGUUUUGCAGGCGCAUCUCGAAGCUUUCAAAGCUUCAAAAGUUAUGCGACGCAUCUUUCCCAUCAUCGAUUUUGACCUCUUUGAUGAGACCAUCAAAACGGCUUACAAGCGCCCGGGUCCUACCUUUGGCUAUGGACAAGCUAGUGCACGGGUCUGUGUUAUUGCUUUUCUCACCUUUAUUUCUCGCCUUCCUCAUGUCAAGGAAACACUUGCUGCUUUGAACAUAGCUCCGGUUGACUAUGAUCUGCUUGCUACGAGGGCACAAUUUCUGAUACCCCAAGUGCUUCAAGAGAAUCCUAGUCUGGACGCUGCCCAGGCGCUCACCAUUUUGACUCUCGUUGAACUAUCAGCUGGAAAUAUGCGGGCAACCAAUUACUAUGGCGGAAUCACAGCGCGGUUGAUUUUCAUGCUUGGUGGGAACGUAUUGAACAGCCAGGCCUACUCAUUCGAUAAACGCCGCCAGCAAAAAGACCGGCAACUACGAAACUUGUUUUGGAUUUGCUACACAAUGGACAAAGAUAUUGCUCUCCGCACAGGCCAGCCGCCAACGAUCAGCGACGAGAAUUGUGAUCUUACACUGCCCCCGGGCUAUCUCGAACGAGCAUUCUUAGACGUGGAAGACGAGGAUGCCCCGUUCCUGGGACCGGUCUUUCCAUUUGACCUGCGUCUGAGCAUAAUCAAGGCCCGAGCCCACCGAGAGCUCUAUUCAGUGAGUAGUCUUCGAAAAUCCGAUGCCGAGCUUCUCAAGUCCAUUCGGGUACUAGAUGAUGAGCUUGAAGAGUGGCGUCUCUCGGUUCCUCCUGCAUGGCGUCCAACCAUGUCGUUUUCUUCGGAGACAUCGGAUCCCAAUAUGGCGAGUGGAAGAUGUAAAUCAUGGAUGGAAGGGCAAAAUGGCAUGAUGGAUGGAGUGAGUUCGAGUAUGGCUCUGUCGGUGGAAGCUAGUCGAUCAAGUCUCUGUUACCUUGAGGCGGCUGAACAUGUGGUGGUCGAUGGAGUCUUCUGGACACUCAUCUUCUACCCCAUGUCUGCGCUACUCACCAUCUUCUGCAGCAUUCUGCAGAACCCACUGGAUCCACAUUCGCGCGAAGACUUGGACCGGUUAAAGGUUGCUACUGUCAUGAUGGAGCGUAUCUUCUCACGAAAGCUGCCCGAUAGUGAGCUUGUGCAUUUCAAGAUGGUCGCAGACUUCGUUAUGGAGUUGAAGCGACUAGCUGAAUGUGCCAUUGACAAGGCUUGGGCAGAGCAGCGGGCCAGCCACAUGUCGAAAUGA